AUUUUUAUUUAUAUUUAUUAUAAUUUGUAUGGUAAAUAGAUUAUAAUAAUAAUAUAAUAUGAACCCCGUUUGGUUUGCCAACUUACCCUGAGGCCCUGCCUGACUCUCUAUAAAACGAAUCGUUUCGCAUCUUCGCAAACAAAACAAAUCCAAAAAAACCAACGAAUAACGCAGCAGAAACCAUGUCUCCAGCAGCAACAUCCGUUACUCAAAUUGAAGUCGACACCGUAACAUUCUCGCCGGCAGUGAAACCUCCGGCCUCAAAUAAAACUCUAUUCCUCGGCGGCGCAGGGGCUAGAGGAUUGGAGAUCGAAGGCAAGUUCAUCAAGUUCACGGCGAUAGGAGUGUACUUAGAGGAUGAGGCGGUGCCAUUGCUUGCCGUUAAGUGGAAGGGGAAGAGUGCACAGGAAUUGAAUGAUUCCGUCCAGUUUUUUAGGGAGAUCGUUACAGGACCAUUUGAGAAGUUCAUAAGAGUAACAAUGAUUUUACCAUUAACGGGCCAACAAUACUCAGAGAAGGUUUCAGAGAAUUGUGUAGCGUUUUGGAAAUCAGUAGGGAUUUACACUGAUGCAGAAGCAAAGGCCAUUGAUAGAUUCUUAGAGGUCUUCAAACCAGAAGUCUUUCCUCCUGGCUCCUCUAUUCUUUUCACACAACUGCCUAAUGGUUCAGUAGCGAUUAGCUUUGCAAAAGAUGGAUCAACACCAGAAGUUGAGGAUGCUUUGAUAGAGAAUAAACUACUUUCAGAGGCAAUAUUGGAGUCAAUUAUUGGCAAGGAUGGUGUUUCUCCUGAAGCAAGAAAAUGUGUGGCUGAAAGGUUAGCAGAGUUGUUUGAGAAAAAUGUUCAAAGUGGAGAGUUAGUUGGGAAAAGUCUUCAAAUUCCAGAGAGGAUUGAAAAAAGUGAAAAGAAUGGGGAGUUGAUUGAAAAAAGUUCUCAAAAAAGCUGAGGUUACCAAAGUUAUCUUUAAGCAGUAAGUAGUACUGAUGGAGGUAGAAAUAAAGUAUCAAAAAUAGGAUGUUACGUGUACUUACCUCCUUUUUGCCUAAUAAUAUAUUUAUAUAUUUAUAUUACGGAGGAUCCUUUUCCUUGUA